AUGUCCAACACGACUACCACAACCAUCAAGCCUUUCAGCCUCUCGGCUCCACCAAACACUGACAUCUGGCGCAAGCCUCCCAUGCACAACGCCUUCAAUGCAUCGACCUACCCAGAGCAGCUCCCAACCUACACUCUGAAGAACUUUCAGCGAGCGCAGCUGUCGUUCGAGCUUCCACCAUCCGACCAACUCCGCCAAUACGACCAAGCCGGCCUCUUGCUGCAUGUCACCAAGCCAGGUGUUCCAGACAACCAAACCAAAUGGAUCAAGACUGGCAUCGAGUUCUAUUACGGAAAGCCCUACGUCGCGACCGUUGGCUGUGAUGCUUGGGCUGACUGGUCGCUUACACCCAUGCCUGAGUUCAAGAACGGUACUAUGCCUGGUGCUACCAUUGAGGCGAGGAGGGAGAGCGAUGCGCUCGGUAACAGUCUUUGGAUUUACUGGAUCAUCAAGGAUGAGGCUGGCAAGGAGGUCAGCAGGCAGCCGUUGAGAGAGGUCACCUGGGUUCUUGCGGAGGAGUAUGAGCGAUGGAGCGUCAGUAUCGCAGGAUACGUUUGUCGCCCGACCACGGCAGGUGGCGAUGGGAUGCUUGAGGCGGAGUUCAAGGACGGUCUGGAGAUCGAGACUCUCAAUCACGUGUAA